AUGCAGUCCAACUGCAUAACAGAAGCAUCAAAAGCCUGCCUCAAAACCUUCUGUAUAAACCCUGACCUUUCCCUUCAUCUUCCUGACACUCCCAAUCUCGAACCCACCACUAAUAAUAAUCCCGUAAGCCCUCGUCAAAACUUCGUCUCGGCCAUAAUCUCCUCCAUACAUCCAAACACCAACUUCACCAACCACGAAUCCCUCCCUUCACUCUCCCACCUCUUUUCUGCCCUCACAAACUCAGCCCCAUAUUACCUCAACACGGUCCUCGCCGACCACAUACGGGCCCACCAAUAUCCCCAUCUCUCGGGCCGGGCCUGCCUCGACUACGUGGGCCACGGCCUCUUCUCCUGUUCCCAAAAACGAGGUCUGGCUCAAGAAAACAAAUCUUCUACAUCAUCAUCGUCGUCAUCAAAUUCCCCGUUUUUCGAGAUUUCGUACAGCCCUACGAGCCUGAGCUCCCACUUGCUGUACGGGAGCCAAGAAUCGAGCUUUCAGGCUCAAAUGCGGAGUAGAAUCUCUAGAUUCAUGAACUUGGUCGAGGAGGAUUACUCGUCGGUUUUCGUGGCUAACCAGACAUCAGCAUUCAAGAUUCUUGCCGACUCUUAUCCUUUUAGGCCCAAUCAGAACCUUUUGACGGUGUACGAUUAUGAGAAUGAGGCCGUUCAAGUGAUGGUGGAAAGCGCCCGGAAAAGAGACGCCCGGGCACUGUCGGCCGUAUUCUCGUGGCCUAGUUUUAAAGUCAACUCCAGGAAAUUGAGGAAGAUUGUUGUAGGGAAGAGCAAGUCGAAAAACAGGGGCCUGUUUGCUUUCCCACUGCAGUCGAGGAUGACUGGUUCGAGAUAUUCUUACCAGUGGAUGAAUUUAGCGAGGGAAAAUGGAUGGCAUGUUUUGCUUGACGCAUCUGCAUUAGGAGCAAAGGACAUGGAAACACUAGGCCUUUCACUUUUCCAGCCGGAUUUUCUUAUCUGCUCGUUCUUCAAGAUUUUCGGCGAAAACCCAUCAGGUUUUUGCUGCUUGUACAUUAAAAAAUCCAGCGUCUCGGAUUUAAGCCAAUCGACCGCAAGCAUGGGAAUUAUCAGCUUAACCCCUACGACCAUUGACGAGAAUACUGAGAGCCAAACGGCGACGUUUCCAACCUACAUAUCACAACAGACAAUCGAUCCAGAAAAGAGAAAAGCAAAGUCCUCCGAAAUAGUCGUCGAAUUGGACGAAAGCCCUAAUCUUGACGCCACAAAUUGUCCAGAACCUGAGUUCCAGGCCCUGGACCACGCAGACGAAUUAGGGCUAGUUUUGAUCAGCGCCAGAACACGGUGCCUCGUCAACUGGCUCGUGAACGCGCUGCUGAGCCUCCGGCACCCACAUUCUGAAAACGGGCUCCCACUGGUCAGGAUAUACGGGCCGAGGAUCCAGCUGGAUCGAGGCCCGGCACUCGCGUUCAACGUGUACGAUUGGAAGGGAGAAAGGGUCGACCCCGUCUUGGUACAGAAGCUCGCCGACAGAAACAAUGUCUCCCUCACCGUUGGGUUCUUGAAGAACAUUUGGUUUUCCGAUCAUUGUCAGGAAGACAGAGAAAAAGUGUUGCAAGAUCGAGGUAAUGUGUCGCGGCAAGGGCUAUCGAACGAUGCAGAGGAGAAGACGAAAGGGAAACAAGAUUUGGGGGUGUUCGUGGUUUCUGUUUCAAUUGGGAUGUUGAGCAAUUUCGAGGACAUGUAUAGGGUUUGGGUUUUUGCAGCGAGGUUUUCCGAUGCCGAUUUUGUGGAGAAGGAGAGGUGGCGGUACACUGCUCUUAAUCAGGCUACUGUUGAGCUCUGA